GGCUUCUGCCUGCGUGAACACUCCGCACAAUGUGGGAGCCUUGAAGCCAUAUUCCCUAACGCCCUUGCUCAGUUGGCUUGCUAAGGCAGGCGGUGCUCAAGUUGGAAAAGAUGUACAGAUCCAUUGGAAAGGUUUCCUGGGCUGCCCCGAGCUCGACAUGAUCACGCUCGGAGAUGACGUCUACCUAGGCGGGGCGUUCUAUUCUCACAAGUUCGCUGCUGCCAGUUUAGCAUACAGUGCGGUCAAGGUUGGCCGAGGCGCCCACACAGGAGGGCGGAGCAUGCUGAGCCCUGGAUGCCACUUGCCUCCGUCAACUGUGGCUUUCGACGGUGCACUCGUGAUCCCGGGGAGUGCAAAUAUGAAGUCAGAUGCCAAGCAGUACUUGAGCGGCAACCCGGCCAUCUCUAAUGGCACCCCUCCAGCCGGCCUCUUCGAAAUAAACGGCAAGCACCUAUAACCCGAACAAAUUCUGUCGCCAAAUUGAGCUGUGGGCUUCACGGAACAACGCCCCGCAAAGUUUCACUGAAGCAUUCACCAGUUGAAGCUGGAGCGGGCGCGGCGCCAAGGCGGAAAAGCAAGUACUGGGUGCUUGAGUGGUGCGGAC